AUGUCGGAUUUAUUAGACAAGUAUAGGUCCUCGAGAAGGGUCAAUGAUAGUCGUACGAGCCCGACAUAUAGGAGCCCACUAUACCCACGAUUAUCAACACUUGAUCGAGAAAAGUACACUUCGGAUCGAUAUACCAAUGUUUCAUCAACAACAAAUGGAUUGAGAGACAAAUUAGCCAGUAAGAAACCACUAUACGAACCUUCAGUUUCGUCAAAAUAUAAGCUCUAUUCCGAUACAGUUAAGGAUAGAGAGUCUUUCGUCCCUGACAGGCUCAAAUCAGACGCAACUUUUGCGUUGAAAUUAAAGAGGAAUGAUUUAGAUGAUUACAGAAGUGAGUCCAAACGCUAUGGGAAAAACCAUGAGUUAGACGGUUUGAGGAGAAAUUUAGAGGCCAAGUAUGGUUUGAGUUCCACCAGGGAAGCAACUGAACUUAGUCCCAAAAUACUGGGAUCUCCUGUUAGAUCAUUCAACUUCGCACAAAGAAAAUCAAAUGGUGAUCUUGGUAAAAGAUUUGCAACUUCAUCACCCCCUUCUAGAGACAAAUACAGGGUGUCAAAGCCAAGUACUGAUGCUCCACGUAGCAGCGGAUUUUUGUCAAGAAUAGUCAACUAUUUCACAUCAAACGAGCAUGUUGACGAUGACGGUCCCCAAGACUCGUCAAGUUUCUUUGAGAGGCAGCGAAUGAAGAAAGUAAGUUUCAGCGAUAGUACUGGACGCGAUGAUAUAGAUGAAGUGGAUGAGGUGGUCACACGUGCAAGAGAGAAGGAGAGGUUGUUAGCUUUGGAGAACUAUCGAUCCUUAGAGCAAGAGCAUAAGAAGGUGUUGUUGCUAUUGGAGGAUGUGGAGUUGGAAAAUAAAAGGCUAAAGGCCGAGCUGAGUAGGAUUCAUGAUACCUACACGGCAAAAUUGGAUGAGAUUGAGAAUGACUUGUUUAAUAAAAGUGUCGAAGCUGAUAAAUUACGAACCGAUAGUGAACGCAAAUACGCCGAAGAGAUAGCUCAUAUCAAGUCUAUAUACGAAGCAGAAGCUUCAAGGCUACGGAAAUCACAUGAGAAAGAGUUGGCCCAGUUGAGGUCAAUACAUCAAGAAGAAGUGCUCCAGCAAAAAAAUGAAAAUUCCAAACUUCAGAAAAGGGUUAGAGAAUUGGAUGAGAAACUCUUCAAUACUGGAUUUGAACUUAAGCAAGUUGGACGGGAGCUUGAAUUGCAGGUUCAGAAAAAUCACGAGAUGCAGGUAGAAAUGUCAUUGAGGGAUAGAUUUCGUGCGGCCAAACUUCCAGCUGAGGAAGUGAACAAGUAUUUUAUCAAAUCUUCUCGUAUUGAGCAAAAGAUUGAAGCGUUGCAAAAAAUGGUCGAGGACACUUUACAGCGACCACGACAAUUCCUUAAAACUGAUACCAAUAUCGAGGAAAACUUGAAAACUUUGGAAAAAAUGAUUAAGACAUUCCAAUUCGGAGAGCUAGAUGAUUGCGAAAGGUACUAUGACGUAGCCCAUAAGUUUCUAACUGAUUCAGCUAACAAAUCAGAAGAGAUUAUACAACAAUUAGAGAGGGACGAUUCAUCAAAUCAAUCGCGCGUUUUAUCAGAAUACUUGACAUUAAAGAGGUUGAAUGAAUUGGGCUACAAAUUGUGUUCAGUGAAGGAGCUUAUAAAUGACUGUAAGGUAUUGCGAGAGUUCAAAGACAGUGAGGCUGACAUUAAUGACAUCUAUUUGCGGGUUAAACUGGAGAUAUUCUAG